UCAAAUUUUCUUUGGAUAGAUUGAACGAUCUUUCGCUUUCACUUAUAACUUUUCAACAAGAAGCUGAGAGAAUUAAUCUUCUCAGUUUUUGGUAUAAUUAAUUCUUAACCACGGAGCUGUCUAUGUGAUCUAAAUCUCUUUAGAUUUAAAGUAAGUUUCGCGAAGUAAAAAAAGAUCACGGAAGGAGAAAAUCCUUUGUCGGCUAAAAUAUAGAUUACAUUCCGGUAUAGUCUCGAGAAUGUAAUUAUAUCUAUUUGUAAACCAAACCAAAUGCCCUGGUAAGACAUUUUAGGAUUACACCACAUUACAUGAGGUAUUAGUGGCCGUGUUUAACCUCCUUGCUACUGCAGAGAUGUAUGUAACGUGUUCACACGAGAAAAAGCAAAAGGCUUGUGUUUGAUGUAAUGACGUGUCUUGUAAGAUUGUAAAUCGCUUCCAUUUGUGAGAAAUUAACCGAACAGGUCGGCAGAUUUAAAUUUCCAGUAAUCUAUAGUUUGAAAAUAUGUAAUAUAUUUCGAGAGAUUGAGUCUCUCUGUAAGAGAUAUUUAUAUCUACACAUUCUCUAUGAAAUAUUCAUUAUAAAUAUCACAGAGAGAUGUAUUCUGAACAGCAGUUCUGUAAUGCAUAAGUCCUAAAUGUAUUUGGUAGGUAAUUUAUAUCGCGUAUGUGAAAUAUAUGCGGAACAUUCGGACUUAUAUUUUCGCUACUGAAUGCAAUCCUUCUUUCAACUAUACAGCAACAACUGGAUGAACAGGAUUGGAAGGUGAAUCGAACGGUGUCAGCGAUCGGACGGUUGCUCGACGGCACGUGGGCAGCGGAGAAUCCACGCCAUUUCUAUGUGAUAGCCGGCGCGACCUACGUGUAUUUACCAAGUUGGGGUUCCAUGCAAGUGGAAUUGGUAGACAAGACAUUGCCGCACGCAGAGUUUCGAUUCUCGGACAUGCGAAACGAUAUUGGAUUGUUCAGGCUGAAGAGACCUCUUUACAGAAACGCGUACGUCCAAUACGUUACGCUUCCGCCGGUCUAUAUCACGGAUAUAUUCCAGAAAUACACGGAGGAUUGUGUCGCGAUUGGAUGGGGUCGACACAUACCCGAUUCAAACCAAGGAAGCGGUACGUAUUUGCGACACGUUCGAAUUCCAUUAAUCUCGCCUGACAAAUGCCCUUUGCCGAAUGUGCACAAAGAAAAGCAAUUAUGCGCUGGUGUAUUGGAAGGUGGUCGCGACGCCUGUCAGGGUGACAGCGGUGGACCAUUGUUAUGCAAUGGAACGCAAGUCGGUAUUGUCUCUUGGGGCGAAGGAUGUGCCCGUCCGAAUACAGCGGGUGUUUAUUCUCGCGUGGAUUUUUAUUUACAAUGGUUAAACGAAACUAUUGUUCAAAAUGGAGCUGCGAAAUACUCUUUUCAAAACAUUGUAAUUGUUUUUGCGGCUUACUGCCUGUAUACUUUAUCGAUAUAACAUAUUGAUUAUCGUGUAUGUAUAAGACA